AUGCAAAUCCUCUGUUCGCUUGAAAAUACCGUCGUUGUGACUUCGCUCCCGACGAUUGUUAAGCAUUUGGAACUGGGAAGUAGUUAUAUAUGGGUUACCAAUAUAUCUUAUCUUACUGCCGCAGUCACCCAACCUCUAACCGGUCAACUAGCCGAUCUUUUCGGUAGAAGACACAUCGCGCUCCUCUUCGUCACGUUGUAUACACUCGGAAGCGGUAUCUGCGGAGGUGCAAAUGCAUCCGCAAUGUUGAUCGCUGGUCGUGCAAUACAAAGCGCGGGAAGCGGAGGUAUGACUGCGAUUAUGGGAUUAUGA